AUGCCACACAACAGCAUAACGCGGAGUGCCUUCGUGCGGACGGCAAUAACCACAUGCGACGUCUUCGUUCUCGCUCUGGGUUAUCUUGAAGGUGAGGGCAUGAUCACCCCAGAGCAGCUCAUCGAAAGCGCAAGUCCUUGGUUCUUGGACGCUGAAACAAUAUGGUGGCGCAAGUUUGUAGUUGGUUGUAAAUAA